AAAUCCAUGUUUGUAAUAUACAGGACGCAACCCGCUCCCAAUGGGCGUAAUCUAGACAAGUGUCUGGUUAUUUUCACCCGCGAUUAAUAAUCAUCGCGGAAAGUGUGUAAAUAGCAUCGGCUAGUGCGCAUUUCUGACACAUAACAGCCAACUACGUGUGCUUGGAACUCCGUUCAGCUAAAACAUUCGGAAAAUUCUGAGGAUUCGAAUUAUGGAGUGGACAAUCAGUGUUUUUAUCAGUGUCUUUUUGAUACUUUUCACAGCGGAAAAUAGUCAGGCAUUUACAAAUGUUUAUCCGAAAAUGAAGGGCUACCCUUUGAGGGCUAGCGAAGAUGUUGGAAAUCCAUUGUUUCUUACACCUUACAUUGAAAGUGGAAAAAUUAAUGAGGCGAGAAAAAUCGCUGCUGUGCAGCAUAAACAGAUGGCUGAUGUUCAAAGUUAUUCGGGAUAUUUGACUGUUGAUAAGAAAUUUAAUUCCAAUAUGUUCUUCUGGUUCUUCCCAGCUGAGAUGAAUCCGAAAACUGCUCCAGUAGUCCUCUGGCUGCAGGGCGGUCCAGGAGCAACUUCCCUUUUCGGACUUUUCACUGAGAACGGUCCAUUCAUCGUAACCAAGAAUAAAACCCUGGCUAAGCGCGAAUUCCGCUGGAGCCAGAAUCACCAUGUCCUGUACAUAGAUAACCCAGUGGGCACCGGCUACAGCUUCACGGAGCACUCCGAAGGGUACGCCAAUAACGAGACCCAAGUUGGGGAGAACUUGCACAGAGCUUUGGUGCAAUUCUUCCAGCUCUUCCCAGAGCUUCAGAAGAAUGAUUUCUUUGUUACUGGCGAAUCCUAUGCUGGAAAGUACGUGCCAGCAGUGUCGUAUGCUAUUCACACGAAGAAAUCUACCUCCCCGGUGAAGAUCAACUUGAAGGGUCUAGCUAUUGGCAAUGGAUUGACCGAUCCGAUCAAUCAGCUUAACUAUGGGGAUUAUCUUUAUCAACUCGGCCUGAUUGAUUUUAAUGGGCUUGAGCUGUUCCACGCAUAUCAAAAACGGGGAAUGGACUUCAUCAAUCAGAGCAAAUACGACGAAGCCUUUCAAGUAUUCAAUGAGAUGAUCGAUGGCGAUCUGAACUCAGGCCCCAGUCUCUUCGAGAAUUUGACUGGUUUCAAUUUCUAUUUCAAUUAUCUCAAGACUCAUGAUAGUGAGGAAGCUGACUGGAUUUCGGAGUGGAUUCAGAUGCCGGACGUCAGGAAAGCCAUUCACGUGGGCAACUGCAGCUUUCAGUUCGAAGCCAACGAGGUCGAGAAUCAUCUGAAGAAUGACAUCACCAGGUCAGAGGCUGACAAAGUCGCUAUUCUUGCCGAGCAUUAUCGGGUUUUGAUUUAUAAUGGACAGCUGGAUAUUAUUGUUGCUUAUCCACUGACUGAAAAUUACCUGAGGAACCUUAAGUGGGUUGGGGCGGAGGCUUACAAAAAGGCCGUGAGGAAAACGUGGAUGGUCGAUGGGGAGAUUGCUGGCUACGUAAAGACUGUGGGGAACUUGAGUGAGGUUCUGGUGAGAAAUGCUGGGCAUAUGGUACCUGCCGAUCAACCCAAGUGGGCCUAUGAUCUAAUCAGUAGAUUUACGCACGGAAAAAAAAUCGAGAGUUUCAACUUGUCCAGAGAUUUUAAACAAAAUGUGAACAUUCCAAAGUCACUAUGGCCAGGGAAGACCACACGUACUCAAGAUUAAUUUUUUUUCCAACUGAGAGACGACAUUAUUCUCUGUCCGAUAAUAACAAAAAUUUCUACGUAUCUUUAUCUUACCAACGGAAUAUUUUGCCAUCCAAAUCAUGCUCUCUACGAACAUGGUAUUCUAUUGGUCGACAUUAAUUUCCCAAAACUCAUAAUACAGUAAGUAUAGCUCAAUUCCAAUGAUUUGAAAAUAUUUUUCAUACCUCAAGAAAGCUCGUUAUUAGCCAUAUUUUAUACUACAGAAUUUUGGGAGAAUAAAAGAUUAAUUAAGGGA